AUGUCUAAACCCAUAAGUCUGCGAUAUCCCAUAACCGAUGCGCACUUGGCUUAUUUUUUCAGGAAGAGGCAUUGGCGCGCAUCCAACUUUACUCAUUACGCGGUACUCCGUGGGUGUAGGUAUUUCUGCUUGUGGCACACGCAAAUCUCAUCAGGUAGGCAACUGGUGAACCGUGCUCUUGACCUCACUUAUUGUGACUCAUCUGCAGACUUCGUCAUGUGGGAAGAUGUGAACUAG